UAUUUUGGAAAGAGGUGCAAAGAAGACCGCAGAGAUGAAUGAAAAGCUCUCCAAGAUGGGUGAAAGCUCACUUAGAAACUUUACAAUGGAUACAGAGUCCAGUGUUUAUAAUUUUGAAGGAGAAGAUUAUAGAGAAAAACAAAAGAUUGCAUUCACAGAGUGGAUUGAACCCCCUAAACGAGAAAGAAAAGCCAACUAUGCUGUCGAUGCUUAUUUCCGGGAAGCUCUUCGUGUUAGUGAACCUAAAGCACCCAAGGCUCCUCGACCACCUAAACAACCCAAUGUUCAGGAUUUCCAGUUCUUUCCCCCCCGUUUAUUUGAAUUACUGGAAAAAGAAAUUCUGUAUUACAGAAAAACUAUUGGGUACAAGGUACCUCGAAGUCCUGACCUACCUAAUGCAGCCCAGGCACAGAAAGAAGAACAGCUUAAAAUUGAUGAAGCUGAGCCUCUUAAUGAUGAAGAGUUAGAGGAAAAAGAAAAGCUUCUAACACAGGGAUUUACCAAUUGGAAUAAAAGAGAUUUUAACCAGUUCAUCAAAGCUAAUGAGAAGUGGGGGCGUGAUGAUAUUGAAAAUAUAGCAAGAGAAGUAGAAGGAAAAACUCCAGAGGAAGUCAUUGAAUACUCUGCUGUGUUCUGGGAAAGAUGCAAUGAGCUCCAGGACAUAGAGAAGAUUAUGGCUCAGAUUGAAAGAGGAGAGGCAAGAAUUCAAAGAAGAAUAAGUAUCAAAAAAGCACUUGACACAAAGAUUGGACGGUACAAAGCACCUUUUCAUCAGCUGAGAAUAUCUUAUGGUACUAACAAAGGAAAGAACUAUACUGAAGAAGAAGAUCGUUUUCUGAUUUGUAUGCUUCACAAACUUGGAUUUGACAAGGAAAAUGUUUAUGAUGAAUUGCAACAAUGUAUUCGCAACUCUCCUCAAUUCAGAUUUGACUGGUUUCUUAAGUCCAGAACUGCAAUGGAGCUGCAAAGGAGGUGUAAUACUUUAAUUACCUUGAUUGAAAGGGAAAACAUGGAAUUAGAAGAAAAGGAGAAGGCAGAGAAAAAGAAGCGAGGACCAAAGCCUUCGACACAGAAACGUAAAAUGGAUGGAGCACCUGAUGGUCGGGGAAGGAAAAAGAAGCGAGGACCAAAGCCUUCGACACAGAAACAUAAAAUGGAUGGAGCACCUGAUGGUUGGGGAAGGAAAAAAGAAGCUAAAACUAUGAAUACAUAUUUGUUUCAUAAUCACUAACUUUAAACCAGUAGUUCUUUAAUUUACGGGUCUUCAUAAGAUGUACUGUACAAUGCUCAAUUGUCAUUCAAAGACAUCAGGUUCAUCUGUUUACUGAGCUAGAAACAUAGUAUGUAGUUUCACUUUUUUAAAUGCAACAGCUGUGCUGAAAUUUUUUUUAUCAUUAACACUUGAAGUAAUAAAAUAGGCUUCGUUUAUUAAUAAAUGUUUCGUUUGAUUUAUUUUUCUAUAUAGUUUCAUUUGUGAAGAUUGUGAGUUUGUUUACCAGCUAUAAUUUUUACAAUUGUUAAGGCUUAAAAACAAGCACAUUCGUUACAAAGAAGAAAAAAAUUGCUAAUAACAUUUGUCCCUCGGUCUUCACUUAGUUGUGUAAUUGUUUUAAUUCGCAUUGCCUUUGCAGAAAAUUUGGGUAUUUUCUUUGUAGUGCUAUUGAGUCUCAUCUGGAAAGAUUAUGUAAAUUGCAUUCUCCUUGCUUAUUGUAGAAUGGGCAAAAAAAGGCAAGACAAAUUAUAAUGAAAUUCUAUGCAUAUUUCUGUUAUGCUUUCUGUUUCUGUAGAUGGUUAUAAAGUGAAUAUUCCCUAUUCUGUUGGAAGAAUGGCCUUUUAGUUGUGUAGCCAAAGACAUUUAGUAUUUUCUGGCUCUUUAAGGUAUUGUACCAUUUUGUAAAAGGAGUAUUAUUUUUUUUAAUUAUUUGGUAAAUA